AUGCGUCUCACCGACACGCUGCCGCUCCUGCGGCCGUCGAUUCUCUUUCUCGUCUGUGUCCUCGCUGUGGCUGUGCGACUCUUUGCCACUCAGCGGUAUGAGAGCAUCAUCCAUGAGUUUGAUCCUUACUUUAACUUUCGGACAACGCAGUAUCUGACCUCGCACUCGUUCUACGAUCUGCACAACUGGUUCGAUCCCAUGGUGUGGUACCCGCUUGGUCGGGUUGUGGGAUCGACGGUGUACCCGGGGCUGAUGGUCACCGCUGGAGCUGCGCAUUACGUCAUCACCUCGCUCCUUGGUCCGCUGGAGAUCAGGCUGGUGUGCGUGUAUCUGGCGCCGGUCUUUGCCGCGCUCACCUCGCUCGUCGCCUAUGCCACUAUUGCCGAGCUCCACUCGUACUCGGCUGGCCUCCUUGCCGCCGCGCUCAUCUCGGUUGUUCCGGGCUACAUUCAGCGGUCGGUGGCGGGAUCGUACGACAAUGAGGCUGUGGCUAUCUUUGCGCUUCUCUUUACGUUCUACUCGUGGAUGCGUGCGGUGCGGACCGGUGCGCUGUCAUGGGGCGUGGUCUCUGCGCUGGCGUACUUUUACAUGGUUGCGUCCUGGGGCGGCUACGUGUUCAUCAUCAACCUCAUUCCGCUCUACACUGUGGUCAUGAUCCUUGUGGGACGGUUCUCGCGGCGGCUGUACGUAGCGUACUCGACGUUUUGGGUCGUGGGCACGCUCGCGUCAAUGUCGCUGCAGAACAUCCUGUUUAUUCCGGUCCAGACUGCAGACCACAUGGCGGCUCUGGGCGUGUUUGUGGGCAUGCAGGGCCUCAUGCUUGUCCUCUUCCUCCAGUCGAAGAUGUCGCCACCGACCUUCCGCGCCUUUCUCAAGGUCUCGGGCGUCGGCCUGGUGGUGGGUGGCCUUGCGGCGCUGCUUCUCGCCUCGGUCCUGCCGGGCACCUCGGGCCGGCUGCUCUCGCUCCUCGAUCCGCUCGGCAAGCACAUGGCCAUCACCAAGUCUGUCUCGGAGCACCAGCCGAUGGUGUGGACCAACUUUUUCAUGGACCUGCACCUGCUCACGGUCUUUAUGCCCAUCGGCGCGUACGUGUGCUUUUCCAAGCCGUCAGACGGUGGGAUUUUCCUCAUCAUGUACGCGGUCACAGCCGUGUACUUUGCCUCGGUCAUGGUCCGACUCAUUCUUGUUGUGGCGCCCGUUGCCUGCCUUCUCUCGUCCAUCGGCAUCACGUCGCUGCUCGACACGUACCUGGCGGCGUUUGUGGCGGUCGACGACAAGGGCGAGAAGCGGGCGGAGGAACAGCGUAGCAAGGGCGCGACGCCGGCGCCGCCACGCGGCCUGGCCAUAGGCGUCGUCUGCGUCGUUGCCUUUCUUCUGGUCUUCUAUGUGGUUCACUGCACUUGGGUCUCGCAGGCAGCAUACUCGGAGCCGUCGAUUGUGCUGUCGACGCGGAGUCAUGCCGGGCGGGUCAACUUUGACGACUUCCGCGAGGCGUACUACUGGCUGCGGAUGAACACGCCGGAAGACGCCAAGAUCAUGUCGUGGUGGGACUACGGGUACCAGAUUGCGGCCAUGGCGAACCGGACGACGCUUGUCGACAACAACACGUGGAACAACACCCACAUUGCCACAGUCGGCAAGAUGAUGGCCUCCAACGAGACCGCAGCCUACCCGCUCCUACGCCAGCACGACGUCGACUACAUCCUGGUGGUCUUUGGCGGCUUCCUGUGGAUGGUCCGCAUCUCUGGCUCAGUCGACUCAUCCAUCAAGGAGGCCGACUACAUGUCGCCGGUUUCGGGCCGUUACGCGGUUGACGACUCGGCCUCGCCCACCAUGAAGCGCUCGCUCAUGUACAAGAUGUGCUACUACCGAUUCGGGACCCAACAGACCGACCCCUACCGCUCCGCCGGCUAUGACCGCGCCCGCGGAGUCGAGGUCGGCGUCAAGAACAUCCGUCUCCGCUACCUCGAGGAGGCCUACACCACCGAACACUGGAUGGUCCGCAUCUACAAGGUCAUCCACCCGACCGCCCUCUCGCCGCCGCCGGCCCGCGCCAAGGCCCGCCGCGCCCUCCGCGCCGCCCGCAAGGCCGCAAAGUCCUCCAUCCGUGCCAAGGCCGCUGCCGCAGGCUCUACCCGCGUCCUCACCCCUGGCCAGCGCGCUGAGCUCUCUGCCCGCGACGCCGUCACUCGCCGCAUCGCCGCACACAACCCGUUCCUCGACCUCUCGCCAGCCCUCGGCGCCGCGGGCAAGAGCCGGAAGACCAAGGCUCGCGCGACCCCGUCGCGUGCCGCCAAGCGCAAGGCUCGUGCUGCCCAGCGCAAGGCUCGUGCCGCCAAGGCUACCAAGGCUGCCAAGGCUACCAAGGCUGCCAAGGCUGCCAAGGGUGGCAAGGGUGGCAAGGCUGUUGGCAAGGGUGGUAAGGGUGCCGCCAAGGGGGCCAAGACCAAGUGA